UUCCUGCCCCCACUUUCCCGUCCCUGCGCUCUUCCGACCCCGCGGGCCCAGGAGGCAGGGUCAUGGGCUGCUCCCUUCCUCCCUGCAGGCGGUGACCGACACCUCCCCCUGGGCCCAGAGGAGGGGCAGCCAUGUCUGCUGUGGGGGCAGCGGCGCCGUACCUGCACCACCCUGGAGACAGUCACAGUGGCCGAGUGAGUUUCCUGGGGCCCCAGCCCCCCCGCGAGGUGGCGGCGAUGGCCCCACUCCUGGCCGACUUGGACAGGGGUACAUUCCGUAGGCUCUUGAAGCUAGUGGUGGGCAGCUUGCAGGGAGAGGACUGCUGUGAGGCCGUGCAGCACCUGAGGGUCAGCACGGACCUGCCGGAGCAGCGCCUGGGCACUCUGCUGGCUGGUCUGCACGCCCUGCUCCGGCAGGCCCUCCGACUGCCUCCCACCAGCCUGACACCGGACACCUUCAGGAACCAGCUGCAGGAGCUCUGCAUCCCCCAGGAUUUGGUGGUGGACUUGGCCAGUGUGCUGUUUGGGAGCCAGCGUCCCCUCCUCGACUCCACAGCCAGGCGCCAGGCGGCCCGGCUGCCCCACGUGGCUGACGUGCGGUGGCGGGUGGAUGUGGCCAUCUCCACCAGCGCCCUGACGCGCUCCCUGCAGCCUAGCGUGCUAAUGCAGCUGACGCUGUCAGAUGGGUCGGCUCACCGCCUUGAGGUGCCCACAGCCAAGUUCCAGGAACUCCGGUACAGUGUGGCCCUGGUGCUGAAGGAGCUGGCAGAGCUGGAGAAGCGGUGUGAGCGCCGGCUGCAGGACUGACCAGUGUCCGCCCCUGCCCUCAGGCCUUCUGCGGCCCCGGGUGAGAGUGUUUUGAAUGUGGUUGCGUCUGUUUAACUGAAAAGCAGCUGUGCCUUUCAGGGCUCUUUCUUGGAAGUAAAGCAACUGCAGACAUGA